AUGGAUACUAUUGCUAGAGAUACUACUACCUCCAUUCUGCACCUUCCUGAUGAUUGUCUCUAUUUCAUUUUUCAACGCCUUGAAUCUGUUUUUGAUCGCAAAUCCUUUGGUCUCACUUGCCAUCGCUGGCUAUUCAUAGAAAAUACAAGCAGGCGGUCUCUGCAAUUCCCGUGUUCCUUCCGCCACCUACACCGCACUUCAUUAUCUCGAACCAGCUCAACUGUUGGUUCUUUCCAGUUGUAUACAAUGCUUGAUCGCUUCCAACACCUAGAGUUAUUGUGCCUUUCAGGAUGCGUACAUCUUCCUGACUCGGGGUUAUCUCAAUUGCAAUAUUAUGGCUCGAAAUUGCAGACGCUGUAUCUAGAUUGUUGUUUUGGAAUCACUGAUGAUCUAGGAAGCAUGACUGAUGAUGGACUGUCUGUGGUUGCUUCUGGCUGUCGUUCUUUGAAAUGUAUUAGUCUUUAUAGAUGCAAUGUUAGUAGCAUUGGGAUAGAGGCGUUGGCUAAAUCAUGUCGAGCACUAGAAGAGGUGAAUCUCUCAUAUUGUCCACUUAUUACUGACACGGGUAUUAGAGCUCUUUCGCAGAAUUGUCAUCAGCUUCGAGCAGUCAGGAUUUCCUCCUGCAGAAACAUUACUGGUGUUGGGUUUCACGGGUGUCCCCGGACGUUCGUCUAUUUAGAAGCUGAUUCCUGUAAGCUUGAAACGGAAGGGAUUACAGAGAUUGUGAGUGGAGGUGGAUUGGAAUACUUGAAUAUUUCUAAUCUAAAUUGGGCUGUCCCCGGGAAUGGUUUAACCAUAGUUGGCGCUGGAUUUGCCAAAAGACUUAAACUCCUGGAUUUUCGUUUAUGCAGGACUGUCACUGAUGAGUCCAUCAUAGCAAUUUCAAGAGGGUGCCCCUUGCUUCAAGAGUGGAACUUGGCUUUAUGCCAUGAAGUAAAGCGACCAGGGUGGGAAUCAAUUGGCUUGUCUUGCCAUAAAUUGGAGAGGCUUCACGUGAAGCGGUGUCGGUGCCUCUGCGAUCGAGGUCUGCAGGCCCUUAGGGAAGGGUGCCGAAAUCUCUUAAUCCUGUACGUUACCCGAUGUCGUCAACUCAGUGAUCCUGCAAUUAUGAUAUUUAAAUGUUUAAGGGGAGACGUUAAGAUCAUAGAAGAAGAAGUCAUGUGCAUUGCUCCAGAGUGGGCCUUUUCCGGAUGAUUAGUAAGUUGGUCAUUUUUCUGAUUUUCUCUUAUGAAGAAGGCCAUUGGAUUUUUGUUUUUACAGUUUGGUGCUCUUCUAUGUUUUGUUAAAUUUUAAGAUUUAAAACUGUAACCUGUAAUUUAUUAAAAGUUUCCUGGGAGGAAG